ACUUAAUAGUUAAAUGCGUGUCGCUGUUAGCCGUAGCUGCAGCGUAGCCGAAUGCCUUUUGUUCACUCAAGUUUUGGCUCAGCAAAUCAAAAAGACAACGAACAUGUGCAGUUCUGUUAGUUCUGUUGUUUCUGUUCUUUAGUCAGAAAAGCUGUCAUGCGUUGAUCGCAAAUGUAAGUCCAACGUAUGAAUGUGACGUUGUUGCUUCAAGCCCAUCAUUUGUAGUUAAGUAGUUAGCUAGGUUAGCUAGUUAGGUUACUUGGGUAACUGUGUGGCGGAUGCAUUUAUCAUCGUUUGGUCUGGAGGACGUGUCAGUCUAGGUCGUCUAUUUAUUCAUAUGCAUUUUAUUGUCAUUACCAUUUAAGUACUUUGGCUUUGGUCUGAAAAGUCAGGGAAGUAGGUUAAGGUUAUGGAAAUUAAAAUAACUCAUUCCACGACUUAGGGAAAAAAUUAGAUAUUAUGUUUUAUAGUAUAUGGUACUAUGCAGAUGUCAGAGAAAAAUGUAUUUAAAGCUAUCUGUGCUGUAAUACUCCUUUUACAAUAAUUUCAAGUAAAUAAAGUAAACAGCACGUUAUGACUUGUUUGUCAGUGUGGUAGCUCAACCAUCGUUGAACGUCUCCUUGAGGAUGUUCAGUAUUUACUGUUACCAACUUCAGCUUAUGAGUCCUUUGUUAAAGUAAAUCCAGUAUGCUGCUGAUGGAAUAAUCCUACCAUGGUAGCUCUCCUGCCAGUGUUUGUGUCUGUUCAUGUGUCUCACAGACUUGUGUCACAAUGGACAGCGAUUUGAGCCCUCAGGACAGGAAAGACUUGGACAAAUUCAUUAAAUUUUUUGCUUUAAAGACUGUGCAGGUGAUUGUUCAGGCUCGACUGGGUGAGAAGAUCUGCACUCGCUCAUCUUCAUCCCCCACUGGCUCAGACUGGUUUACUCUGGCAAUUAAAGACAUCCCAGAGGUGACUCAUGAAGCCAAGAAAGCUCUGGCUGGGCAGCUACCCAGCAUUGGGCGUUCUAUGUGCGUGGAGAUCUCCCUGAAAACCUCAGAGGGUGAUUCGAUGGAGCUAGAAACAUGGUGCCUGGAAAUGAAUGAAAAGUGCGAAAAAGACAUUAAAGUGUCCUACACAGUUUAUACCCGCCUGUCUCUGCUGCUCAAAUCUCUCCUGGCUAUCACAAGAGUUACUCCUGCUUACAAACUCUCGCGCAAGCAAGGCCAUGAUUAUGUCAUCCUGUACAGGAUAUAUUUUGGAGAUGUGCAACUAUCAGGACUUGGGGAAGGCUUUCAGACAGUACGUGUAGGCAUUGUGGGGACUCCCAUAGGUACCCUCACCCUGUCCUGUGCGUAUCGCACCAAUCUUGCCUUGAUGUCUUCCAGGCGGUUUGAAAGGACGGGCCCCAUUAUGGGCAUUAUCAUUGACCACUUUGUGGAGCGCCCCCUCAGCAACACAGCCCUCCUGCACCCAUGCAACUACAGGGCUCCAGUUGAGGAAGAGGGAGGAGCUUAUGCCGGUGUGGAGGACUCCCAGGAAGUCUGCACCACCUCGUUUUCCACUUCUCCACCUUCUCAGUGUGUGUUCACUGUAAGUCAAGCACAUAGUAAGACUCCUAAACCUGCUCUGAUGGCCGCUCUGAAGGUCCCCAUGAUGGGGCUGAGCUUCUCACAGCAACUAUGUACUUCUCGUCUAUCAUAUCAGACGCCCCCGCUGGGUGCAGUAGAUGUGUGUCAUCCUGCAGCUUGCACUGCUGUUGCUCACCCCCACCAGAUGGCUGUGCCAGGGAAAGAGGGAGGAGUCCCGCAGGUGCUGCUUCAGCCCAGUCACGGCACUCAGGCUGACCAUGGGCGUGCCCCUUCUUGCCCUACUGCAGACAUGCCCCACCAGGCUCCACCAUCCAGCUGCAGCAGUGGUGAUGCAGAUGUGUUGUCAAGGAGCAGUGAGUUGAAGAGUGCAUCCCCUUCAGAUGUGUUAGAGACAACCUUCACAAGGAAAGUAGGAGCCUUCGUCAACAAACCCACAACACAGGUGACAACAGCCAGUCUGGAUUUGCCAUUUGCUGCAUUUGCUCCCAAAGCAUAUGACCUGGAGGAGAAUGACCCCAUGGUGCAUCCACCAGCAUCACCGACUCCCUCAUCCCCACUGCAGGGCAGCCUUCACUCUCAGAGCUCCAGCCAAAGUGGGGGUCAAGCACAAGAUGACUUUGUCAUGGUCGACUUUAAGCCAGCAUUCUCCAAGGAUGACCUGUUGCCAAUGGACCUGGGUACUUUUUACAGAGAGUUUCAGAACCCUCCCCAGCUUGCCAGCCUGUCCAUCGACAUCAGUGCCCAAUCUAUGGCUGAGGACCUGGACUCACUGCCAGAGAAACUGGCCAUCUAUGAGAAGAACAUUGACGAGUUUGAUGCGUUUGUGGACACGCUACAGUAGACUAAACUCAGACUGCUCUUCAGAAACUUUUUUUUUUUUGUCCUCAGCUGACCUACCAAAAUAUCCUGUAGGUGUUUCCUCUGGCUUCUCCAUUCCUCUGCCUCCUUUCUCCUACUCUGAACACAAACUGUAAAUCCCUUUGCUUUGCAUCUUGCCUGGAAUCUUUUCUCUGGACACUUUUCAAUGACUUGCUCUCCACAUGGAGAAUAAGGGUGUAGUAGCUUCUUUGCAACCAUUUCAUAUCCAUUUAUUCAUGUGGACAGUUAAUUAUGUGUGGCCAGACAGCUCAGCUAAGACGUCACCAAGUUUGGAGUAAAUAAGAGGGGUGUUUGAUUCCAUAGUUAACAGUAAUAUUGUUUUUAAAAAGCCAGUAGAGCUUCAAAACAUUUCAGGGUACUGACUGUUGUUUUUUGUCACUGAACGUUUGUUUAACAUCUUUAUUUUGAUUUAUGAGAAAUCAGGUAGUUGGUUAGCACUGUUCUUCUUACAUCAUACCCAGUACUUUAAAUUUAAUUUUUUCACCCGCCUUUGAAGAUCAGAUUGUGAGCACUUGUGUGCAAAGGAAUCCUUUGUAAAGAAUUACUUCAGUAUGGUAAAGGGAUCACAUCAUAUUUGAAAUUAAGUUUGGGAGCGGAGUGGCUUUGCCAGCCCAAAUAAAUAAAUAAAUUUUUUAUA